AUGGCGGCGCCCGAGCCGCCGCCGCCGCCGCCCGAGGGCUGCAGGCCGCUGAGCGCGCUGCUGAGCGGCAUCGCCCAGGCCGCCUUCCACGGCACCACCGGCAUCACCGAGGAGCUGCUGCGCGCCCAGCUCUACCCCGAGGCAACGCCGGACGAGUUCCGCGCCCUGCGCGCCAAGAUGGGCGGCCUGCUGCAGUCAAUUGCUUCAGCAGACAUGGAUUUGAAUCAGCUGGAAGCUUUCCUCACUGCCCAAACCAAAAAACAAGGUGGCAUCACAUCAGAUCAGGCUGCAGUCAUUGCAAAAUUUUGGAAGAACCACCGGACUCAAAUCCACGAGAGCCUGAUCAAUCAGAGCCGCUGGGAUAAUGUCCUGAAAAACAUGAACUGGAGAGUGGACCUGAAGGCACAGUUGAGGCACGUUGAUCAGAUAAACACUCCUGUUGCAAUAGUUGAAAUGGAACUGGGAAAAAAUGGGCAGGAAUCGGAGUUUCUCUGCCUGGAGUUUGAUGAGGCCAAGGUGAGCCAGAUGCUGAAGAAACUGUCAGAAAUAGAGGAGAGUAUGACUUUGUUGACUCAAACUACUUAAUCAAAUAAAGAGAUUGCAACUUACAAAAAAAUGACCCUUGGCCCUUUUGCAAGUGUAAAUAAUAGUGUGUAUGGUCUCAUUGUGUUUCACACAAUGGGAAGGAUUUCACAGGAGCCCAUAGUCUCUGCAUCUUACUGUGCCUGGACUUUUUAAUAAACUGAUUGAUAUUUUGA